CCUCUUUCUCCUCUUCUUUUUCUUCAUCUCCCUCACGCUUUCAUCUUCAUUCCCAGUUAACACCCUGAAGCAAACCCAGAACCCAACCUUCUUCUUCUUCCUCUUCUCCUUCUCAACCCCAUGACCCAGAUGGAACUCCAAAUCAGAAAAAUAAACCCUCAUCUCCCUUCCACACUGAGCAAACAUAGACAAAUUUCAGCCCGGUUAUCUACCAGAUCUGCUCCCUCUCCAUGAUUUCCCUCAAAGGAAAGACCUUUCCUCAGAGACGCUAGUGGCAAGGGAAAGAGUCGUUGUGCUCAACAACGCAGAGGCUGGAGCGGCGGCGGAUUCGUUGGCCGAGAAGAGGCGUCGAGACUGGUGGUGGCCCUAAUCCCUCAAGGCCUGUCCCGAUCUGUUACGAUUUCCCCAUCAUCUCGCUUUCUCUCUCUCUCUCUCUCUCACUCUUUCUCAAUUUUGUGGUUUGUUGGAAGAUGAGGUUGUGUAGGUGGAGGAAAAGGUUGGGUAACUGAACCCACACGGAGAAACCAAUUCGCUAAGUUCAUCCAAUUUCAUCUAUUUUCGCAAUCACGUUUCUCUUCACAUUUAUGUGUCUGUAUGCGUUGGAUAAAGUUUGCUUGUGAUGUUGUAAUUGCAUGGUUGUAAUAGUGGAUGGUGAUACUGCUAUUUUUCUUCUUAGUAGUUUCUGGAUCUCGGUUUAGUUUGCUCUUAGGUGGAGAGGGAUUUUGGUGGCUUGGGUUAGAAUCCGUGUGUAUUUUUUUUUGGCUAGUAAUUGCUUCUUUGAUGGAGAGGGACCUGGUUGAAUUAUGAAAGUGAAUUGAUAGGACGCAACACGUUAAUUAGGGAAUUGGAAGAGAAGGAGAAGAAAGAAUUGUUUAUGGGAAGAAAAAGAUGAAGAAGAGGGGGUGCAGAAGAUGGUCGGGUUGCAUUCUGAAUUUUUUUUUGGUUUUAAUGUAUUAAUUUAAAUACAUCAAAUGGUUUGGAUAAUAAUUAUCUAUGUGGAUUUAUUUUUUAGAUGACAUGUCAAUUAAUAAAGUCCACAUCAUCAAACAUUAACAGAUGGACUAAAAUUGCUCACUACACAAACAAGAGGGACGCAAAUUGCUCAUUUUAAAAUAGUGGGAUUAAAAUUGCACAAUCGUAAUAGAUCAGGGAUGAAAAGUGAAAUUAAGCCUAUGAAAUAUCUUCCCCUGCAUCAUCGUGGGCCAUUCACAAUUUUGAUCUGACCUAAACCUUUAAAAGCCAAAUCUUGCAGAAACGAUAAGUCUACACGGGACACGACUCUUUCACCGCCUUCUCCUUUUGCAUCAAUCUCAUACAUACUGUUUCCUUUCGAGAAGAGCUUCCAUGGAGAACGGAGAUAUCCCUGAGGAUGCCAAUGAGCAUUGCCCAGGUCCUCAAUCUGAUUCUGCUGGGAAAUCAGAUGCCUGCGAAGGAUGCCCAAAUCAGCAAAUUUGUGCCACUGCUCCUAAAGGACCUGACCCUGAUCUGGUUGCCAUUGCAGAAAGGAUGGCCACUGUGAAACAUAAGAUACUGGUCUUAUCAGGGAAGGGAGGAGUUGGCAAGAGCACUUUUUCUGCCCAGCUCGCAUUUGCUUUAGCUGCAAGGGAUUUUCAAGUGGGUCUUCUUGACAUUGAUAUUUGUGGUCCAAGCAUUCCAAAGAUGCUUGGCCUAGAAGGUCAAGAGAUACACCAGAGCAACCUUGGGUGGUCUCCAGUUUAUGUGGAAUCCAACCUUGGUGUCAUGUCAAUAGGGUUUAUGCUUCCGAAUCCUGAUGAAGCUGUUAUCUGGAGAGGUCCGCGCAAAAACGGGCUCAUCAAGCAGUUCUUAAAAGAUGUCUAUUGGGGUGAGCUUGACUUUCUAAUUGUUGAUGCUCCACCUGGAACCUCUGAUGAACACAUUUCGAUUGUUCAAUGCCUUGAUGCCACUGGAGUAGAUGGUGCAAUCAUAGUUACCACACCUCAACAAGUCUCGCUUACUGAUGUGAGAAAAGAAGUGAAUUUCUGCAAGAAAGUUGGAGUGAACGUUCUUGGAGUUGUAGAGAAUAUGAGUGGCCUAUCUCAGCCCAUUACAGAUUUCAAGUUUCAGAAGUUGACAGAUAGCGGUGAGGAGAAAGAUGUUACAGAGUGGACUUUGGAAUACAUGAGAGAAAAAGCGCCAGAAUUGCUGAAUUUGAUUGCUUGCACUGAAGUAUUUGACAGUAGUGGCGGUGGAGCAGUGAAGAUGUGCAAAGAAAUGGAGGUACCAUUUCUCGGUAAGGUUCCGUUAGAUCCGAAGCUUUGUAAGGCUGCUGAAGAAGGUAGAUCCUGCUUUGGUGAUAAGGAUUGUUUUGUGAGUGCUCCUGCGUUAAAGAAUAUUAUAGAGAAGUUGUUGGAAACUAAUGGGUUGUCCAUGUCCAUGGUAAAUGAAGUUUAGGAGAGUUUGUUUAGUGUGAUCUUUUAAGUUGAGUUUACUUUUGUCUCUAAACCUCUUUGCCUAGAAGAAUUUGAUAUUUUGUCAUAAGGCGUGUGACAUUUAUAUGAUAUGGGAUUAAGACAAUUAGAGACUAAAUUAUAUA